ACGCUGGUCGCUGUCGAUGACGACGAAGAACGUUUGUCGAGAUCGAAACAUCCACCAAGCGAAGACCGACGUACCAUCUGCGCUUGUUUUCCUGCGCACUCCUAGCGGCUUUCAGUACUACUUAGUCGAAGAUCGUCCAUCAUCCACCUCCCUUCGACGCUCAUGGCAAGUCACUUCUUAAACCUUUCCAUCUUCCUGUACGUUUUUGUACUAUAUGUACUCUCCAAAAGACAACACAGUGCCUAUGAAUACGAGUUCGAUCUGAUGGACACGAAGCCCGAGAUUCACAAGAGUACCGUCCUCCACCGUCGCCAAAUCAAGAUGCCGCUUAGUAGCGCCUGGCCGGUGAACCUCCUCUUGCAACGGCGUCUUGACCCUUAGUUCCUUUCGAUGUCGAUCCCCUGACCCGUUCGCUGGCCCAAACAGUUUCAAUUUCCCAAACUUAUCCACAGUGACUAUGCCUUUAGGGACUACACCAUCGAUUAUAUAUCUGAUGUAGCCCCUGUGCGAUUUGCGUCGGUGCUUGGCAGACUGCAUCAAGGUCGAGCUGGAUAUCGACUCCUGAAUUGUACAUCUCCCGGUUUACUUGAAGCCCCACUCUACUCUCAAGCCCGGUCAAGGACUGCCGCUCCAAUCAAACAUGAGCUUGACGACCCCUUUGACACGUCUUCUCGGCAUACGAACGCCCGUAAUCUCCGCCCCUAUGGCCUUCGCGGCUGGUGGUCUUCUCGCCAGUGAAGUCUCCCUCGCCGGCGGAUUCGGAUUCAUGGCGCCAGUACCUGGCCAGGAUAUCUCCCACUGGAAAGAACAACUAUCCAUCGCAAAGAACGCAUUCUCAAAAAUGGAUGGGCUUCUCCCCAUUGGCGCCGGCUUUCUAGGCUGGAUCCUCGACGCCCAGUCUCCAGCUCCAGAUCCUGCAUCACCACAUAAACUCAUGAACGAGUUCCUCCAAGCUGCACUCGACGCGCACGUCCGUGCGAUCUGGUUUUCCUUUGGAAAUGACCUUAAACGAUGGAUAGAUGUUGUUCGAGAGCAUGAUCGUGCGGUAGGAAACAACGAUGAAAAGAAUAAUAGGACCUUGAUAUUCGUGCAGGUAGGCUCGGUGGAGCAGGCGCGUGUGGCCGUUGAGCAGUGGCGUGUGGAUGUUUUAGCGGUACAAGGCAUCGAAGCAGGUGGCCACGGUUUCUCCACUGCCCCGCCCCUUCUUACCCUCCUCGUCUCUGUCAUAUCGGCCCUCACACACGACCAGCUCAUUCUCGUCCCUCUCCUAGCCACAGGCGGCUUAACCACGUCUUCUCAAAUCGCAGCCUGUCUGACACUCGGUGCCGCCGGUGCAGUCGUAGGCACACGAUUCCUGGCCACGCCCGAAUCGAUCUACCCUCCUGCUUAUAAGGAUGCUAUACUGGCAGCCGGACGAGGAGACCAAAUUGGAUCAGCGACGGAACGGUCUUUCAACUUCGAUUGGCUGCAGGGGAGAACAACAUGGCCCGAGGGUAUCGACGGUCGAGCUUUGACUAUCCCGGCGAUCAGAGAGUUGAAAGAGCUUGGUGGCGUAGGCAGUUUGGAGGAUUUGAGAGUAUUAGCGCCAGGGUCUGAAGAUGAACAGAAGUUCGAACAUCUGAGACGGAAGUUCCAGGAGGCAGAGAAGAGGGGAGAGAAGGAUGCGUCAAUCGUGUGGGCGGGAUCGGGGGUGGGGCUCGUCAAUGAUAUUAAGCCGGCGAAGGACAUCGUUGAGGAGUUUCAUCGUGGUAUUGAGGCUCACCUUCGAUUUACAGGAUCGAGCAUCGUUGGUGCUUGAGUUGCAAGUAAUUCCUGGAUGAAGAGGACUUCUACAAUAUCAUAGGCCGAAGCUAUCUGAAGCAUAUACCGCAAGGUUGAUGCUCAGCCAUUGGGACGGAGUAAUUCGAGGCAUUUCGACAAUUGGAGGCUUACACAAUGUACGGAUAAAGAGGAUAACGAUACAAACACUCGACUACUUAUACACGGCGUAGAAGCGGAAUGGUAUAUGUAGCAUGGGGCCCAUCGUGUUGAAGACGAGACGAAACCGGAUCCAAAUGAGUAUACAGGCAAAGUGACCGAGAGAUACGAAGAACAAAGAGGACAAAGGGAACAAAAGCAAAAAUCAACGAAUGAUAAGUAAUAAAUCAGAUCAGAACCUCCUCCAUAUCCGCGUCGUCUUCGUCGUCGGCAUCCGGCGGCAAAUCCCUGACGAAAUCAUCCUCAAACACCCUCAUCUCCCAUGCCUUUUUGAAGGCCCCAUAUAGCCUCCCCGGGACUGUCAAGACAACUUCCUCAAAAACGUCUCUGAAUCUUCCAUUUCCAACUUCUUCUUCUCCGUGGCAGACCAAAAGUUCUGCCCAAGCACGGGCACAAUCUUCGACAUCAAAGCCGUCGUUGACACCAAAGGUACCAAGGACGACGGUGCGGUUGCCUUGAAGCUCGAACAGGCGAAGAAUGCGCCCCAUGCGAUCCUUCAUGAUCUGACGGACCUUGACUCGAAGGUCCUGUCCUAAAUCCGAUGUCUCGGAAGAGGUAUGGGUGGCAUUGGACUGAGUGGUGGAGCGAGUGACAGAACGGCAUGCAUGGACAUUGACGGGAACGGCAGAGACGACAUUCAUGAGGUACGGGGCGACGUACUCUCCCAUAGCCUUGCGAUUCUGUCCGUUGACGGCGGGCGGUAGUUCGAGAGACCUUGUGGUCGGGUCGGCGGGAAUGGCAUCCAUCUCGGGGCUGAAGUCUGGAUCAUUGAAGAUAAAACGAUCUUCGUCAUCACGGCGGAAGCCAAUGACUGAUGGUGUGUAGGCGAGGGUCGAGAGGUAAAAGAAGUCGGAAGGGUGCUGCCUGAUGUGGUGCUUGAAAGAGGCAUAGAAUGGUUUGGCGGGCUCGGAGGUGAGCGCUGCGAUGAGGGAGGAGGAACGACAAAUGAUGGAGUCAGGUUCAGAGGCGCCACUAAGGUAAGAACCGCCUGGACGGCGGGGCGAUGUCGAGGACAAGACGCCGACGGGGGCGGUCGGUCGAUGAAUGUAUCGACGACGGGCCACGGUGAGCGGCGAUCGCUUGGUGAACUCUACUCUGGCGGUGGAAGCUCGAGCUGGGAGUGAUGUAGCCCAAUCAUCAAGCGAAGCAACUGGGUAAACGAGGGUCCCCUGGCUAGAUGCUCUGAUCUCGCGGGAGAUGUCGUGGACAAGAUGCCAGGUCGAGGUCGUCUCAGACUGUGAUGGUAUAUCAAGGUCAGCAUUUGAACUCGGUGAUAGGCUCAAAGUAGGAACGGGACAACGCCUCGUCUCUACGUACUUCCCAUCACCGAGGACAAUGGCCGCCGUCUGACGAGCGAUGUUGGCCCAUUGGGUCCUCUUCGCUCGGACAGCAGCAUGCUGAUAAGACUGUUUAGGCCGCCGACGGUACAGUUGCUGGAGUUGCUUCUUGCUAGCAAUAGCCCCGAUGCGGGAAGCCAAAGAUUGAGGGAGAGAAUCACUAUUGGGUGACGGCUUGGUCCUUGGAGCCGGUGAUGGAGCCUGUAAGACACUGCUAGACGCGAGUUUAGAGGACUGGUGAGUACGAUGAGAGGAUUUCCUGGUUCGUACGCGGUUGCGACUGUUUGUUCGGGCCAUUGUGACAGCGCUGGAUGUUGGAGCUUGAGCAAACUU